UGGGUUUUGGGUUGCAGUUUGGGCAUUCAGUCUCUAAAAGAUUCGCCAUCACUGGUCUAGGAUAUAUUCAGUAAUCUCCAGAAUACAUGUGGAAGCUGUUCCCACCACAGACCAUAACGGAUCUCACAGGGGCAGCCUCAAAAAUGCCUGAAGAUGUAAGGCUGCGGCCCCCAUUACUUUGAAAGGUAACCAGCUGGAGUCUGCCAGUCAGAAUCAGAAUAGCCAAGGGGUCCAUUAUGGUAGUGAAGAGGGCCUUCACACACCGCCACCCCACCCCACCCCGAUUCAGCCAGCGGUUAUUUCAAUCGGGCGGUUCGGUGGCCGGUUGAAGGCAAGACGUCGCCUUCCCCCUCGAUUUGCACCAGGGGACCGCCUUGGCUAGGGACGCCCCGCGAGGCUAACGAGAAAAACCGUCGCUCGCGCGCCCUGUCACCUGACCCUCGCCUGAGGGAGAAGGCGCGCUAAGUCGGUUGCCAUUUUGCUUCGUGGACGGACGAUGAACCGCAAGAUUGCCGCCGCCUUUUCCUUUUGGGCUUUCCUUGUGCUGUUCAGGGAAGCCGCGCCCAAAGCCCUGUCCUCCCUGAAUCUUACCGACGAAUGUGGAACAAGGCCUGCUAUGGAUGAGACAGCAUCAGGCAAUCGGAUUGUAGGGGGACAUGAUGCUCUACCUGGAGCAUGGCCAUGGCAAGUUAGUCUUCAGGUUUACCGCUUUGGUAUAGGAUACCAUCAUAUUUGUGGUGGAGUAGUAAUUACUAACAACUCAUUGCUGACAGCAGCACACUGCAUUAGAAAAUGGAAGAAUCCAGAGUUUUGGAGAGCUGUAUUUGGCUUACAUCAUCUUUAUCAUCAUCAAUAUUACACUAAAGAGAGUCAAAUCAAAGCAAUUAUAAUCCAUUCUCAUUUCAAGAAGGAAACGUAUGAAAAUGAUAUUGCAUUAUUUAAAUUACAAAAUCCUAUCACAUUUAAUGAUUAUAUUCAGCCUAUCUGCUUACUUCCAAGUCAUCUUUUUCUAGGUAAUGAUACUCCAUGUUAUAUAACAGGAUGGGGAAGUGCACAUGAGGAAGGUGAAAAAAUAUAUAUAUUACAAGAAGCACAGGUUGAUAUUAUUCCACAAAAUAUCUGUAAUAGAUACGAUUGGUAUGGUGGAGCAAUAACAAUGAAUAUGUUUUGUGCUGGCUCUGAAGGUGGAGCUGUAGAUAGCUGUCAGGGAGACAGCGGCGGACCAUUGAUGUGUUAUAUCCGAGAUGUCACACAUUAUUAUCUGGUAGGAAUAACCAGCUUUGGUCGUGGCUGUGGCCGACCAAACAAUCCAGGCAUCUAUGUACGUCUAGUGAAUUACAGAAAUUGGUUGAAAACUCUUUUACAAAGCAGAACUACUACUAUGAACAUUCCUAAUGUUCUAAUUUUGUUGAUAAUAAGAUGGAUAGCGUUCCAUAUGUCUCUAUGAAAAAUUGACAUGAUAUCAGAUGGUCUUUAAAUAUUAUUUCCUUUUAUAAACAAGUAUAAAACAAUAUUUAAUAAUAUGAAUAUAUUAUGUUUAGCAUACAUUUUGUAAUAUUUCACCUACAUAGCCUAAAUAAAUUGAAAAACAUGUAUUUAAACUGUUUUUAAAAAGGAAAAAGCUUGAAUCAUAGACAGACAGAUAGAUAUAUUGACUAUAAAAUGGAUGAAAAUAUAAGACUAUUUUACUAUAUCAAUAAGACUGGUCUCUCGUGAAAACACUUUUCCCUCCUGAAUGGGACUAAUAAUUUGUAAAAUUAUCUUAUUCCAUAUAAAUUCAAAAGAAAUGCAUAUGACAAAUGCCUAAUGUUGCCAUGUAUGCCAUAU